AUGUUAGGCAAAUUAGUUGUUACAGGGAUUUCCCUGAUCCUUGUCGUGGGUGUGAUCAUUGGCGUGGUGGCUACUGUCCAACGCAGCGGUGGAUCCGUUGAACAUACAGAGAGCUUGUCUCCGCAAAUGAAGGCUGUUGGCACACUGUGCCAGCCUACUUAUUACAAGGAGGCUUGCACCAACACCCUUAGCGCUGUGAACUCUACCGAUCCCAAAGAACUAAUCAAAGGAGGCAUAUUAGCCAUCUCGGAUUCAUUGAAGAAAUCUUCCAAUUUGACUGAUGAUCUCGUAGUCAAGAACAAUAGUGAUGAGCCCCGUGCCAAAAUGGCCUUGAAUGACUGCAAAGAGUUAUUGCAAAAUGCUUCUGAGCGGCUUCAGGACACAUUGUCAAAGGUGGGAGGCACUGAUUUACAGUCGUUAUCAGACCAUGCGGAUGAUUAUCGAACAUGGUUGAGCUCAAUUAUUGCGUACCAAGAAAUGUGCUUGGAUGGAUUUGAGGAAAACAGCCCCUUGAAGGCUCAAGUGCAAAAUAGCACGGACUAUGGGAGCCAGCUCACAGACAACGUUCUGAAUAUCCUUGCCGGGCUUUCACAAGUUCUUGGUUCCUUGGGGCUCAAGUUCAAUGUUCCCAGCACCUCUCGUCGGCUUCUUCAAGCUGAUGGUUAUCCCAGCUGGAUGUCUGCUGCUGACCGUAAGCUUUUGGCCUCACGCGGCAAUGGCGGGGCUAGACCAAAUGCAGUUGUGGCUCAUGAUGGCAGUGGGAAAUUCAAGACCAUCAAUGCAGCACUUGCCGCAUACCCUAAGGGUCUCAAGGGCCGAUAUGUUAUCUAUGUUAAGGCAGGGAUCUAUCGUGAGUAUGUUACUGUGACCAAGGACAAGCCCAAUGUGUUCAUCUAUGGUGAUGGUGCCCGCAGGACCAUCGUCACUGGAAACAAGAACUUUGCAAAAGAUGGCAUAGGAACCUGGAAGACCGCUACAUUUAUUGUUGAAGCAGAUGGAUUCAUCGCCAAGAACAUGGGAUUUUCCAACACUGCCGGUCCUGAUGGCCACCAGGCUGUUGCAAUCCGUGUUAAUUCAGAUAUGUCAGCAUUCUACAACUGCAGGUUGAAUGGUUAUCAAGACACAUUGUGUUACCAAGCGGGGCGCCAAUUCUACCGCAAUUGUGUCCUUUCUGGCACGGUGGAUUUCCUCUUUGGUUAUGGAUCAGUGGUGAUCCAAAACUCCAUGAUCGUUGUCCGAAGGCCAAACCCUAGCCAAUUCAACACGGUGACGGCUGAUGGCCGGAAAGAGAGGGGACAACCUGGAGGAAUUGUCAUUCAUAACUGCAGGAUUGUCCCUGAGCAGAAACUUGUCCCCGUGAGGUUCAACAUCAAGACAUACUUGGGGAGGCCGUGGAAGGCAUUCUCUAGGACUGUUGUGAUGGAAACACAACUAGCAGACUUCAUUCAGCCUGAUGGAUGGGCACCAUGGAGUGGAAACCAGUUUCUUGACACUCUCUACUAUGCUGAGUAUGCCAACUCUGGACCUGGAGCAGCAACUAAAAGGAGGGUCAGGUGGAAAACUCUUCAUUUCCUGAGAAGGAAUGAAGCUCUUCAAUUCACCGCCGGUGCAUUCCUUCGUGGUGGUCAAUGGAUUAGAAAAACCGGAGUUCCAGCCUUGCUUGGCCUGAGAAGAUGA